GUCAGGUCACAAGGGUCAACCCCUUUCUGGGUUCACUUGCACUAGUUUCUAUUUGAGCUGCUGAACUGUUUUGCGUUCUUUUCUGCAAGCUCUGCCCCCGACUCGUUAAUCUCUGUGCUGGAGUGACCUCCCCUCCCUGGGAAAUCUUUGUAGACACUAAUGUGAUAUUCAAUCAUGUAUGAAAAGGCAGGCGAAAAUACUGGGUGUGAAUUCCCUGGGUCGCCCUCUAGUGGACAGGUGUUAGGAGAGAGUGAAGGGAGUGUCUGACGCUGCAUCUCUAGAUCUGUGUUGUAGACGUUCACUCCUGUCCUCCUGGUUUCUUCAGGUUCAGUGAUGCCCACGGAGGAGGAGGCGGCCCCCAGCAUCACAGAGUUCCACUCCUCUACCCACGUGUUGCCCGUGGGCCAAACGGCCCGCUACACCUGCAAUGCCAGCGGCACGCCGGAGCCCACAGUAGAGUGGCUCCACAACGGCAGGCCCCUGGAGAGGGACGGCACAGACGACCAAUCAGAGGCCUGGGUGGAGAGGGGCUUCCUCUUCGUCAGAGGUGGGAGAUACGGCGUGAACACGGUCUGCUGCAUGGCGAGCAACAGCGCUGGCAUGGCCAAUCACAGCGCUGAGCUACUUGUCUUUGGUGGUGGUAUCCUGCCCCUGCGACGAUCAGCAGGCUACUUUCAGCUGUCGCCGCUUCACACCUGCAACCAAUACAGCUAUGGCAGAUAAGUUACCCUGUUCACU